GAAAUAGAAAAACAUCAGCAUCAACACAACAGCAUCUCUCCAUCAAUAAGAAAUGAAUCCAGGGAGGGGUUUUGUCAAAUACACUUAUGGUAGAGUAGCCAAAAAUGCAUUAGCCCACUAUCACUUUCACUAAUCUGAAACCAUUAGCAUUGUGAGUGGCUGACAUAAUAAACCUAAAAAACAAAUAAUGAUUGUGAUUGCAUUAUGUGGGGGAGCACCCUAAGGCCUAAUUACAAUCAUCCAAAGAAAAAAGGCCUCCAUUUUUCUGCAACAGUUUACAAUCUUCUGCAUGAGUGGGAGGCAGGAAGCAAUGCUGUUUGAUCCGUUAUCAUUUUAAUCCUAAAGUAAAUCCAAAAUCUAAAAGUGGAAAGCUGUAGAUACAGAAACAGGCUAGAUCAGAUUACUCCAAAGUGAGGUAUAUCUGUUACUCAUGUCACAUUUCCAAUCACAGAACAAGGUUCUCGCAGACCUAUGCAUUCUUUUGGCAGCACAGUUUCCUGUAACACUGCUUGAACAAGUAUUGGACAGUCAAUAGUGCAAUAUAGUAUUUACAUACAGUCUUAGGAUAUUAGAUUCGUCUUGGGCAUUGUCUAAUUAAAAUAUGGCAAGCUGUCUAGAUUCCACAAGGAAGAUAGAUUGUUGUCCCUUUCGAAUGGUGAGCUCAUUUAGCUAGUUAAAUGUGUGAAAGAUGUAGGUUAAGGUUUGAUUGUUAUUUAACAUAGCUUGCUACAUAAACAAUAUGCGGUGUCGAAUUGAAAAGCACAAAUAAUUCAGAUUUACGCACUACUAGUAAACAUAUCUGGAACUGAAAGCCUACUGUAAUUAGCUACAACCAUGGACUGAGCCAGCCUGUCGAGGGAGAGGAGUAACACAUUAUACUUAGCUAGCCUAUAUGGCUGUGUAAUUUACACACACCUAUUGCCCCUCGUCUGAGAAACUGGAUAUUCAAAACCUCUUCAACCUUCAGUCUUACAAUCUCAAAGCAAGUAGGCUACACACACGGACAGCUCUCCCCUGGACAAUACUGAAUUGUUUUCCAAGCUUUGGAUUAUGAUCUGCUUUAUGCUGACCAUUGCAAUGUACAUCUGUGUGGCAUUGCUUGAGGUUGAAGCAGAGGAAAUCAGUCAUGUCAUGGAUAUACAACCACAGAAUAAUAUCGUGGAAAAUAAUUUAAAUGGAAGCCAACACGAGGUGACAAGUUCUGAACAUUUCCAAGCAGCUUUUGAGGAACAGGGCUACUACUUGCAUCGAUUGUUCAAGCAGUAUGGAGAGAAUGGAACUCUAUCAUAUGGAGGGCUGCACAAGUUACUUGGCAGCCUUGGGCUAGGGGAGGUCAGUGUUUUGGAGAUCAGCCACCAUGGACUGAAGCAAAAUACAUUAGACUACUCUCAGCCUCACUCACACAGCCUCAACCAGGGUCGCAACAUCCCUAUCUCAAAUUUGAAUUCGUCAUUUCCAUUCGCAAACAUAGCCAGUAGCCCACUGUCUAGGAGACUGGAUCUUGAUGGAUCUAAAGAGAGUACCACCUCUGCCAGAGUGAUGGAAGAUCCAUGGUCACACUCAAACCCUGCAUCUACCACAAGAAAUGAACAGCUUGAAUCAAUGGUGUCUAAUCACUCUACCCAGACACACUUCCAUGGGAAUUGUCUGAAUGUCACUCAGCUUUUGUGGAAUUUUGGUCUGGGGAGGGCGUCCCACAUCACCCCUGCACACUUCAGCUUCCUGUGCCCAGCCCUUCUGUAUCAGAUAGACAGCAGAGUUUGUAUACACCACUCGGACGCCAAUGGAACCCAGACAGACAGUAAUGUCACAUUUCUCAAAGCUCUGGGUUGGAGCUCCUUGGCUCUGGUUCUGAUCAGUCUCCCGUCUUUCCUGGCAUUAAGCCUGGUGCCCCUUCUGCCUCCCUCCCAUCUACGCACCCUUUUUUGCCCAAUGGCUGCAAUGGCUGUGGGGACACUGUGUGGGGAUGCCCUGCUGCAUCUCUUGCCUCAUGCCAAUACAACACCCCAUUCUGAUGAGUGGGACCCCAUACUGAAGGGCCUGAGCGUGUUGGGAGGACUCUACCUCCUCUUCAUUAUUGAAAGCAUUCUGGGACUACUGAACCACUACAAGAUAUCCAGUAAAAAAAGGAAGGGGAACAUCGAUAUUGAUCCAGAGAGGCAGCUUAGUCCCCUGAAUAGUCUCAGUGUCCCAGAGCAAACUCAACCUUCUGAGCACAGUCAUCAUGGCCACUCACACAGCCUGCCUGACCAGGAGCAUGCUGGGAUAGGAAGCUUGGUGUGGAUGGUGGUGAUGGGAGAUGGGAUUCACAACCUUACUGAUGGACUGGCAAUUGGUGCAGCUUUCUCUCAUAGUCUAACUGGAGGUCUGAGCACCACCAUUGCUGUAUUCUGCCAUGAGCUUCCUCACGAGCUAGGUGACCUGGCUGUUUUGCUAGGAGCGGGAUGGCCUGUACGCAGGCUUGCUCUCUUCAGUUUCUUAUCGACACUGCUGGGCUUUGUUGGCCUGCUGACAGGCACUCUUCUGGGCCACAACUCUCCCUGGGUCCUAACCUUCACUGCUGGAGUCUUCCUCUAUGUGGCCCUCGUUGACAUGAUGCCAAAGAUGCUCCAUGGUGAUCCGGGUCAGAUGGGUCCCCUGACUCGCUUUCUACUGCAGAACCUUGGUCUGCUGACUGGGGGCUCAGUCAUGCUCUGCAUAGCUUUAUUUGAAGAUAAUAUUGCAGUCAACCUGGGAGAGGGCUGAAUCAAUGGAGAUGUUUGAGUGAAUCAGCUUAAAAACCAGAAGACAAGAUCAACACAUUUAACUCAACAGGUGUAAACAGCCAGUAUUCAUGAAGUUUGAUCUGAUAGACCGCAACGUGAGAUAAUGGUUGUGACAGUCCUUCGAACUAAAGGCUACAAACAAAUGAAUUGUGAUGGCGUCAGUCUGCAAACAGCUUUUUAGAGCUAUGCAAGGCUGUGUGAACAUGGAUGAACCUACCUGACAGGAUCACAUCCUUUGGACAUCUGAUGUAUUUAGUCUUUUCGUAAAUGCAGUCCAACUCGGACACCUUUUUAGUGUUUAUACAAAAAAUUUACGACCAUCAAAUUAGAUGAACAAUUUUCAUUAUUUAAAAUGUAUGUUGAGGGAAAUAACUUUAUUUCAGUAUCAUGUACAAUAUUAUAGUACAGGUUCCCUUGUGACUCCCAUUUCAUUCUCAGUCUCAGUAUCUCAGACUCUGUUUUUGCAAUGUAAAUGUAGUAAAAUAAUGUGGUUCAAUAUGAUGGUAAUAAGUCACUCAUGAAUACUUAGCAAUAGCACUUUAUUGAACACAAACAACCCUAAGCCACAAUACUGAAAGACAAGACCAAAUGGCUGCAGCAAACAUUGUAUAAAAUAGAAUUAGGUUUAAUGUCAUUAAGUCAUUAAAUUCUUUCUUUUUUUUCUUCUUCUUUUAAUGUCAGAAAGACAGAUGCAGGUUUUUCCAAAACUGUGAAUGAUCAUACACAUAUCUGUAGCAUUUUGUAACAAAUUAUCAUUCACAUGUUCACACAAAGGAAUAACAAGGCAAAGUGCUUUCAGGAUUGCAUUGUCAAACAAAGUAAUGAAUGGCUUGAGGUUUAGGCGAAGAGUGGGUGGAAGCCAUAGGGUAGACUGUUCCUGUCCUCAUCUGGGAAUGGGAGAGCCUGCCUACAGAAGUGUGCCUUAGUGAACUAACUAUAAAACUAUGGUUGACAUUGAUAUAGGGUCAUCGGUAAUAAGAUAGAGAAUAUAUGCAUUUGGAACCAGGCUGAGGAUGGGUUGGGGGUUGUCUGGUCGGACACCGCAAACCUUUCACCGUGUCCCAAAUCCAUAGACAUUUUUUUAAUUAAAGCAGGAAUUAUACGGGCAGUUGGGAGACAUUUUGUUAUAAAAAUUGUUUUGGAGUGAUGAUUUUGAAGGCAUAUGGUUUUAGGGGAUACUAUUCACCCUAUUAUCACAUCCAUAACACACCUCAAAACCAGCUCAAAUCAUAGGCUAGACCUUAAGACAGGUGUUGAUGUACACUAGCUGUAUGCAAGAACUAACCCAACAAACACCCAUAUUCUAUGAAGCUGUAAACUUUUGAGAUAUUCUUUAGGGCACAACAAGGAAUAUUGGUUAUGCAAAAGAAGUCUAAAAGGGAUGGGCAAUGUUAAAUAAGGAGGAAAAAUAUGGUUUUGGCCAUGCAUCAAAUGUUAAAGGGGAGAGACGCUCAUCAUAGAACAGAGUCUGGCUUCACAUUCCAGUGGUAUUUUGUUGUAUAAAUGCUUUUCAUAAAUAAUUUCACGUCAAUUAGACACAUUUACAUACAGUACAGUCAAGCACACUUCAUUAUGUAUAAUUAUCAUUGUUCAUGAUAAACUCUAAUCCCAUAAUGUAUAGGCUAUAUUUGUUUUCUGUCAAACAGGUGGAAACACUAACUAAUUCAACACACAAAGCUGCAAAACAAGGAGGUAGGAGAAAUGCUACUGAUGAAAACAGCAUGAAAUCCAAACAUUAUCGUUAAAAACUAAUAUUUUCAUUAGCACUAUAUGAAUUUGAAGAAUCUAUAUUUCCAUUUUCUGAUUUCUAAAAGGAGUUAUAUCAUUGGUCCGGUUGUCAUCUCAGGUUGAGACCAUGCUGGUGAUCGCAUUGUCUCCUCCACACACAGUAGAAUAUAAUUUGCAGAUGUGUAAAUGAGGUAAUCAAGUGAAAUAAGGAACCCUGUCAUUGGCACACAUUCAUAUAUGCCAAGCAUUAAAAGGACAGUACACUCACUAGCAAUAGUUUUUAUCCCAAGGAUCUAGAUGAAAUAUGUUUUGGAAUGUUUGGACACGCCAAAUAAUUCUUUUUUUUGUUCCUUUUCCAUUCAAGGUGCAUUGUGAAAAAAUAGAUUGUAACUGAUCACAUGCCCUGACUCAAAGUCCCCCUGAGGAGGACUCUAGUAUUUACACAGAUAAGACAACCAUCAUGACAUUCGCGGUAUUCAUCUGUAAUCCUUAUCAGUUUAGUCUGCUGGAAAUAGGAUGACCAAUAGCAGACCAAUGCGUGUAUCAGUCCAGUUCAAAGGGGAUUGUUAAUAGCAAGUUUCAAUUAAGGAUAAACAUUUAUAGUGCCACCAAGUUAACAAUGGGACAAAAAUGUCAAAGCAUCCGUCCAUUUGGAUCCAUCAUCAAACACACAAACCAUGCCUCUAAUGGCUGCUGCCACUCAAGUGAUAUUUGACCCCAAUCCACAGAUACUAGCCUUUCAAUGCAAUUUCAUCUACUAAAUGUGUAUUGGACCUCAUCCCUUGUAAUCUCAUCCCUUAGCUAUUGCCAUUUUGAUUUUGGGAAUAGGGAGAUGUUUAGUAUGAGAUUACAUCUUCAGGUGAAGAAGAGGGCAUAUAGUUUACCUAAUGAAACAUAGAUAAGAGAGGUUAUUGCACUUAUAUAUUAUGUCCAUUUCAAAAGGUCAGCCCAUGAGGAUGAUUCAUGCCUUAAUGCCAUUAUAAGACAACUUGUUACAUUGCUUCUAUAGAUAGUAUGAUAACACUGUUAACACAGCACACAC